AACAAGUUUGCAGACUUGUUUCGAUCACCGAGGAGCACCUGCGCAGCGACUUUCCCCUCCUCUUUCCCAGAGACUUGAAAACUUCUUGACUUUUCAGCGCGUUCCGCUCAACUUUUUUGUUUGUUUUUUUCCGGGGCGGGGGGGGGUUCGCUUUCCCGGCUUGAGGGCGGUCAGACAUGUAUAACAUGAUGGAGACGGAGAUUAAGUCCCCGCUGCCCCCUCAGCCCAACUCGGGUUCCAAGGGCGGCGGCGGCGGUGGAGGAGCGAGCGAGCAGGAGCGUGUAAAGCGGCCCAUGAACGCCUUCAUGGUAUGGUCGCGGGGCCAGCGUCGAAAGAUGGCCCAGGAGAACCCCAAAAUGCACAACUCCGAGAUCAGCAAGCGCUUGGGCGCCGACUGGAAGCUACUGACGGACGCCGAGAAGCGUCCGUUCAUCGACGAGGCCAAGCGUCUGCGCGCCAUGCAUAUGAAGGAGCACCCGGACUACAAGUACCGACCGCGGCGGAAGACUAAAACUCUCCUGAAGAAAGACAAAUACUCGUUGCCCGGCGGGCUCCUAUCGCCGGGGGGCCCCGCGGUGGCCAGCCCGGUGCAGGUGGGCCAACGGAUGGACGGCUACGCGCACGUGAACGGCUGGAGCAACAGCGCCUACUCGCUGAUGCAGGAGCAGCUGCAGGCCUACCCGCAGCACCACGGCAUGAGCGGGCCGCAGAUCCAGCAGAUGCAUCGAUACGACAUGGCCUCGCUGCAGUACCCAAUGAUGACCUCAGCGCAGAGCUAUAUGAACGCGGCCUCCACCUACAGCAUGGCAGCGGCGGCGGCCUACGGCACGCAGCAGGCGGGCGCCCCCGGAGCCGCCCCGGGUAACCCAAACCCGGCGACCGUGGUGGGUUUGGGCUCCAUGUGCAAGAGCGAGCCCAGUUCUCCGCCUCCCGCCAUCACGUCGCACUCCCAGCGGGCCUGCCUGGGGGAUCUGAGGGACAUGAUCAGCAUGUACCUGCCGCCCGGCGGCGACGGCGCUUGCGCCGACCACUCGGCCCUGCAGGGGGGCCGCUUGCACGGCGUGCACCCGCACUACCAGAGCGCCGCCGCAGGCGUCAACGGGACCCUGCCGCUCACGCACAUCUAAAAGCGGGAGACUUUAUUUCCAUCCCGCACCCUCAAACAAAGUACUUGGAGGAUACUUGAACUUUGUGGUGGUGUCAAACUCACGGCGCGGGGCCGCGUCCGGCCCGCACCAGCAAAGUGGAAUUUUUGCUAAUCCCUUUUUAGCAUAUCUCCAUUUUAAGAUUUAAAAAAAGAACACAAUAUUUUCAUCUCGUUGGGUUUUUGGGCUUCGGCCAAGACCAGCAGAAGAAAUUGUGGAGGGUAAAAAUCAACAAACUGUUUUUCCUUCCUGACUAGUUGAACUCAUUGAAUGCCAUAGACGAACCAGAGUUGCUUUAAAAAUGAACCGUUUAUACAUUGACUAUACUGUAACUUUGGAAUAUUAACACUUACGUUGCUAAAACCUAGGAAGCACAUCAACAACCUUCCUACUGUUCAAACGGCUGUAAUAUUUUAAACAGACUGCCAUUGACGGCGAUAGACGUCCAAUCCAAUUUUGGCUGAGACUGUCAAAGUGGCUUGAGCAUCUAGCGCCGUCAAUGUUACUGAAACAUGAGCAUUCAUAGGCAAUCCUCCCAGUUUCAAUGGAUUGGACAUCAUCAAUGUCAAUGGCUAGGAAUGAGUUAAGCAAUCAAAAUGUAGAUGAAUGGGACUUGUGUAUAUUAAAUGACAGCAGAUUUUUAUCUGCGUGAAAAGGCCAGAAUCUUUUUUUUUUUCACAAAAAACAAAUGUUUACACUUCAUUUGUAGAAUAUCAACUGUCCAAAUGUGUACUUUUUUCUCAUCCCCCCCUUUUUUUGUUUCUUUUUUUAGCUUCAAAUGAAAUUUUAAGACUGUGCUGGUCGCAAGCGCACGUUUUAUUUAUAGUUCCCCUUUUUCUUAGCUUGUGGAAAAAUUCACAAUUUGUAUAUUUCUGUGGUUUGCAUUUUUGUGUUUUUAUUUUUUGUUUUGGCAACGUCGAGUUCACACAUUUCUCGGCGUGACAAAGGUUUUUUAUUUAAACACCAUCCUCUAUUCUUAACUGCCGAAUAAAUUUGUAUGAAACACAAAUGUGCGACUCUUGGUUUUUAUGUUGAAUAUCAACUCAUAAAUUUAGAUUUUAACUGACAUGUUAAACCCUCAAAUGCCACAAAAAAACAAUAGAAUCAGUCCACAGAAAAAAAUUCGCAUUGAUGCAAUCUCUUGUUUUUGUCAUUUUGGGGUGCUGAAUCCAAAUUAUAAUUCCUGUAAGAUCUAGAUAUUUUUUGUGCAAUAUUAUUGCAAAGUGGUUGUUUUAGCAAAGUAGAUAUAUGGCACUUAAAAAUAACUUUAGCAAAAUAAUACCUGUUAUACCAUGAGAUAAACAGUAGUCAAUGUGACGUCUUGCCAAAAUGCUCCAAUAUGUGAUAAUCCGGAAACCAUGACAUAUUGAUGUUGACAAUUCAUAUGGAAAGGACUGAAAAGUUUUACUGGUUUUGGGUGAAAAUACAAUGAAAUUGGUACCACUUUAAAGCUAAAUUGAAUUUUUUUUUUGUAUUUUUCUUUUUCAGAUUCAGUUAAAGCAUUUUGCAUCUUUCUAUUGGAAUUACUGAAAGAUGGACAUUUCUUCAACAUGUGUUUGGCACAAAAUUCAGGGAGCAACUGUUGGACUAACUGUAGCUUGUAAGGCAUCGUGAAGUACUUUUAUAAGACACGCAAAAGUUGCCGUUGGAAGCAGAACUUCCCUAUAUACU